AUACGCCUGAGAGUGAUCUCUUCACAAACACACACACACACACAGUUAGAAACCCUGUGGAAAGAGUUAAAGCCAGAGGCAAGACACUGGCCACCUCUGGAGAAACAUCUCAACAAUCUUCUAUAUACUUUAUGGCUGAAAAUCUAAGCAACCUGAAGACUGAAACACACGGAAAGCGUAGGUUCCUGACCAUAAAGAACGGGAGACAAGGCGCCACUCAUCAUCAAACGCGGGCCUUUACUGUGGCUUUGAGGAUGGCUGAUUUGGCUCCUCCCCCUAACUCACGCCCCGCCCUCCUACUGGUCACCCUAAUGGCCAUGACCCUGGUGACCUCCGGCUACCCUCAGCCACACUUCCGCCCGGUACACAGGGGCUCCUCUCCUGGUGAUCCUGGAGACUCCGACGAGAGAGAGGAUUGGGAGGUGCUCUACCCCUCCAUCUCGCUUCGUAACUGGAACAUGCAAAUGAUGUCAGCCCCAGACUUUGGUGCGGCCAAGAGCAAGGAAGAUCUCCUGGGAGAGCAGUGGCUCCCAAUGGUGGGCCAGUUGCAGAUGGACGAGAACAUGGAGAAGGACUGGCUGGGCGAUUGGGCUCCGCAGGACUCCAACAAUGAAGAGAAGAGGAAUAUUGUGGUGGCGGAUGAUGCAGCAUUCAGAGAAAAAAGUAAGCUGCUCACAGCAAUGGAGAGACAAAAGUGGCUCAACUCAUACAUGCAGAAACUAUUGGUUGUUAACUCCCAGUAGCAAGAUGACUGCUAAUUCUAUAAACACCCUGAUUAAAAUGUUAAUAUGGAACCCAAUUUGAAAUUGAAAUUGAAUAAACCCUGAUUUAAAUUAGCAUUAGAGUCAUCAGACCAUUGUUUCAUGUUUGAGUGACUACACCGAAUACGGAACAUCAGUUGGCACAUCACAUGCAUAUGUUUAUAUGGCUUUUUAGCUGGAGUUCCAUUUGUCAUCGGCAUUAUUGAUAUGUUGAGAUGUAUCCACUGAUAUACUGCCUUUGAGGUGAUUUGAACCUACAAUAGAUAUUGUGGGUGUACCGUGGGAAGAUUUGUUCAUGUUGAUGAGUGUAACUGUGA